GGAAAAACGAGGACCUUUGGAGCACUUCCAACACCCCGGAAGGUCUCCAACCUUCCACUCUUCCGCUCGCCGUCCUAAUUUCCUGAGUGCAAACACCAUGUCUCGACGCUGAGUUGGCACGGCGCGAUGCUGUGCCGGCCAGGCCGACAUCUUCUGACCUGGAGGCCCUUGUCCUUGGCCUAUGCGCGCUGGGAGGCGAGACUUUUCUCCGAGCCCGGUGCAGCACCAAGUGCAGGCGACACCGAGGAGAACACCACGGAGUCCUCCUUGGUCACCAAGGGCGCGCGUGUGUAUCGCCGAACUCGGGCGGAGCAUUGGCGCCGCUUUGAGUGGGGUAUUGGCAGCCGGUUUCGGAUGCUGGGCAAGAAUCGCUUCAUGCCGGUGCACGCGCCGCACCCCAUGAAUUCGGUGGUGCGUGACGACUACUACGACAGCGACAACCCAAGCAUUGUGUGGAAUGAGCUUCGUGAGGGCUGGGAGGUGUUUUGGUACGAGAAUCAGAAGCUCACAGCGAGGCCAUUCCCGGUGAAGAAGUACGGCUUAGAGCGAGCCAAAGUCGAAGCCUUCCAAUUCUUCCAAGAGCUGGAAGAAGCAGGGCGACUAGGCCAACGCCCUAAGAUUGAAGCGCCACAGGAGGGAGUUUUCUUUGAUCAACGCAUGCAAUGCUGGGUGAGCCUCUUCUGGCGGGACGGGCGGCCACAAAGCCGCUGCUUCUCUGCCACGAAGUAUGGCUUCGAGGGAUCCAAGAUGUUGGCGAUGGCCAAGCAGCGUGACCCCGUGAACGGCGUCUUGGCAGUGCAGGGUGGAGCAGGAACCCCGAUCAUCCUGAAGGAGAAGGGGAAGCCAUCCUACGUGAACAGGAUGAACAGCGGAAUGAGAGGGCCCACUGGAUUGAAAUACAAAUGACAUGGAACGAUCUCUUUGAUGAAAAA